GAGAAAUAGAAUUAUCGGUAAGUAAAUUCUUAUUAUUAAUCGAGAUGAUACCAAGAGAGAUAUCUUUGUACACUACACGGCCAUCAAGAAGAACAACCCAAGAAAAUAUCUUCAAAGUCUGGAAAACGGAGAGACUGUAGAGUUUCAUGUGGUCAAAGGAGAGAAAGGUCUACAGGCAGCAAAUGUAACUGGUCCUGGUGGUGUCCCAGUGCAAGGCAGCAAAUAUGCAGUAGAUCACAAUCAGUAUCAGCACUUUCUAGAUCACAGAUAUCCUCCACAUAACUACCAGCAAUAUUAUGAAUAUAAUGAAGGUGGUGGUGGGCUGGAAGAAGUUGAAAGUGCUGCAGAAAGGGCUAAUCACCAAUGGUCUUAUCAAAGGCAUGGCGGCCCACCAUACUGUCCAAGGAGGCCAUACAGACGCAGACAAAAAUAUCCUAAUAUCACAGAGCAAAGGGAAUUCGUAAUACAAAAAGAUAGAUAUACGGAACAACAGAGUGACAAAGUGCAACAGAGUCUGCAGGUUGUAGUCAGGUCACAAUUUCCUCAAGAACCGCCAUCUCAGAGUAUACCUAGAGUAAAUUAUAUCCAUUCCAGUGUGGCCCACCAUAACCAACCAGAUUAUGGCGCUACCACGUGUAGAGAAGAAAUUGGAAGAAUUGUCAAUAUACCCAUAGUAGAGAGGUUGGGGUCUUCAGAACAGAAUCGCCUAGAUACUGUUGUACAAAAGCUGACAUGUAUUGAUACUGAAGAACUUUGUGUUAUGGACAAAAAGCCCAUGAUGUCAGUUCUAACCAAGUAUGGAGUCCCAGAGGAAGAAUAUCUUGUCAUAAAUUCUACCCAUUAAAGAUAAUAUGAAUGUAGAUAUAAAGUGGAAAACUUGUAAAUGUGUAACUUGUGUCUACCAAAUUUUUAUCAUAUUAAGAUUUUUUUAGAAAGUUGACUCCAAAGUGAUAAAUUGUGAGAUGCAUAAAAUUGUCUAAUGCGUGAGGACACGCAUCUUUUCAGCAGGGUUGUAUGUAAUACCCCACUAUGUGAGUUAUCCUUUCUGACAUUGUUCCUCACGCUACAGCAAGUGACAGUUGAAAAGUGAGCGGCAGUUGGGCAGAGGGGCCCUGAGGUAAACGCUGUGGGAGACGGACUGUGCGGUGAGGAGACAGCUGGCAGCGCAAGUGAGUGAGAGCAGAGUUUGAGCUGUGACCCUCUCAGGAGUCCUGGUGACGUCGGGCGUAAGGGGUCACUGAUCCGCCCCAGAGGGCAAGUAGAUGUAGAGCCCAUCGACCGAGGACCAGUACAGAGGAAUGGCCUGCUCCAGUUUGAUAGCUGCAGGCUGAGAGACUGAGAGAGGCAGAUUGUGAGGUGGAGCCACUCGCCAUAUAAGGCUGCAGGAGGCCAGUUACUGCCCAGACAACUGGAGAGAUCUAUCAGAGAAUUCUCCGCAGGACUUCAAUAUACAGGGUUCAGGCUCGGGGUACUAGUGCCAUGAUUCAUCUGCUUGUGUUCCUGUCUGUGCUCUGCAUCGCAGCAAGUGGUUGUCCAACCAUUAUAACCAGGGCACAAUGGGGUGGCAAGAAUCCCACUUGCAGAAGCAGACUUUCUACUCCUGUACCGAACGUGGUCAUCCACCACACCGAAGGGGCGUUCUGUAACUCCCGGGCUACUUGCAGCGCACAAGUCAGAAAUAUACAAUCUUAUCAUAUGAAGACCAGAGACUGGUGCGAUAUCGGAUACAACUUCCUAAUUGGGGAGGAUGGACAAGUGUAUGAAGGCCGAGGUUGGACAACUCUUGGAGGUCACGCAAAAGCCUACAGCCCCAUCUCCAGCGGUAUCAGCUUCAUCGGAUCCUUCACCAGUCGUCAACCCAACAACGCGGCUUUGAACGCCGCUAAAAAUCUCAUUGCAUGCGGGGUGUCCAGAAGAUUCAUCAAAAGUAAUUACGUACUAAAGGGGCACCGCAAUGUGAUGAGCACAAGUUGCCCUGGAAAUAGCCUCUACAGAGUCAUUCAGGGCUGGCCCCACUUUAAGGCUUGAGUUGCAUCAUCGGGUUUCUCUGUAUGCCUGAACGUCUUUACUUUUGCUUUCACCCAAUCCAGCCAAACAAUGUCACUCACCUGGAUUUCCCGAAGAACACACAGCCGAGAAGAUGCACAGAAUCUCCACCUGUCCUUAUAUAUUCUAUGCAAUCGAAGCUUUUUCUAACGCAUUUACAUUUAGAUAAUAGUCUGGAUAAACCCACACGCAGAGACAUCUGCUUUGUUACAGAAAUAAGAAAAUAAAAAUUCAUAUAAUCACAAA